CAGAUUUUCUAACCUCGCUAAUCGUAAACUUUAAUGAUUAAUAUCUCGGUUCCUGAGACAGAGCGAUAGUUUUUUCUUCCAGAUUUGUACACAAACGCAUUGAAUGAGUAUAAGUUUGUUAAUUUUGGUUUUGAGAUCGCUAAACUGAAUAAUUCCCAAAGUUUUGAUUUUAGCGUUAUUGCUACUUAAAGUAGUACAAAAAUGAUGAGCUGAAACAAAAUUCUUAGUGAAAUUAGUAGGAAUUAUUAUUAUAGAUUGCAGAACUGGAAAAUAGAAUGGCUCACAGUGAUUCUAUCAUAACAAUCCCUUGGGAAUUGUUAACAAAAGAAUUGGAAAGUAUACCUAUUGAAAUAAAACUACAUUUGACAUCUAUAAUCAACGUACUACAAACAUCUGAUAAACAAUUAACUUCAGAAAAAUGGAUAAGUGCUUCGAUAACAAGAGUGGAAGCUUGCUUAGAUCGCACAUGGGAGGUACUAAAUUCAGGCUACUGGAAAGAUGUUCCACUAGAAUACAGAUAUUGUUAUUCUCUAUGUAUUAUUAUUAAGGCUGUAUUAUUAGAACUUCAAUACGAAAUAAACACGAAAAAUUGUGUUGGUAAAGAGAAGAAAAAGACAACUAUAUUAAAAAAUAUUAUUUAUGAAAUUGAUAGAGGCAUUCUGUUGGGCGCACCUCUUCCUAGUAUACCAAACUUAUUGACGGCUAUUGCCACGAAGUUAAACAACUAUUGUGCUGAAAUCAAUUUUAUUUUGCAAAUUUUGUUAGAAGAAUCUCAUACUAUAAAUGUGGAAGAUAUUUCAAUUAAUCACGAAGAGACUAACUACUUAAUGUCUAAUUAUCCGGAUAGACAUUUCGAAAAACCUUCAAUGCAAACAUUUUACAAUAAAAUUUUUAUGCCAAAGUUACCGGCUUUAUUAACAGAUUGUAUCAAUCACUGGAAAGCAUUAAAGUUAUGGAAAAAUCCUAACUAUUUGAAUAAGAUCGCGGGCUCUCGGACAGUACCGAUUGAAAUUGGAUCCCGUUAUACUGAAGAUGAUUGGACACAGCAUCUUAUUAAUUUUUCUGAAUUUUUACAAAAACACGUUAUUGUACAUAAUAGCGAAGUUGGUUAUUUAGCACAACAUCAAUUAUUUGAGCAGAUACCGGAGUUGAAAGAGGAUUUCGAAGUACCAGAGUAUUGCUGCUUUUCGGAUAAUGAAGAGAACGAUGCAGAAUCUUCGGAAGUUGAUAUAAAUGCUUGGUUUGGACCUGCUAAUACAGUGUCGCCUUUACACUUUGAUCCAAAAAAUAAUCUGCUUUCUCAGAUAUUUGGCUACAAAAGAGUUAUCUUGUAUUCUCCAGCCGAGACAGAUAAUUUGUAUCCUUAUGACAGUAGAUUGCUUAACAAUACUGCGCAAGUAGAUCCUGUAAGGCCAGAUUACGACAAAUGGCCGAAUUUUCGUAAAGCUAGUGGCAUGACGUUUUAUUUAAAACCUGGAGAAAUGUUGUAUAUUCCGCCAAAAUGGUGGCAUCAUGUAACUGCUCUUACUCCGAGUUUCUCGAUCAGUUUCUGGUGGAAUUAAUGUUUAUUUUGUACAAAAUAUAUAAUGCAAUUUAUAAAUGGAUUAAAUAAAAAUUGGUAAAAUUAUCCGAUUUUUAUUACGACAAUAUAUAUAAUAUAUUGUAUAAAUAUUGCAAUGAACGUAAUAGGUAUGUAAAUUCACAUUAGUAUUUUUACAUUUUUUAUCAUCUUGAAUAAUUUAAAAAGUUAUAUCGAAAUAUCAAAUGCAUUGUUUUUAUUUUAUUGUAAAUACACAUUUUAAAAAUAAUUAUACAAUUCGAAAAAAGUUAAUAAUUGAAGAGAAUUUAUUUUUCUAUUAUAGAUAUUCAUUUUUUAUGUAGAAAUAAAAAUUUACAUAAUGUGUGUCCGAUAAAUCGAUAACUUCCGCAAUUUUCCGCGUGAAAAAAUUCUAACCGAUUUUACAAUAAAUUAUUAAUUUCAUAUUAUAUUUUAUUUAUAUCAAUAUGACAUGAAUGUAUAAUUAAUAUAUACAGUAAAGGCAAUAUAUGUCAAUGUGCUAAAAUAAAUAUUGCGUUAAUAAA